AUGGGGUUGAGUAUGAAGCAAGUCUCCGACGAUGAUAGCCAGGUGUAUAACAACUGGCUACCGCCAUCCGAAUCUCCGAAGCCGGCUCAGUCUAACAAGCGAUCGCACCAGCAGCUGCAGCAGCCAGAGCCACUCAACUGUCCCAGAUGCAACUCAUCCAACACCAAAUUCUGCUACUACAAUAACUACAACAGAACACAACCUCGCCAUUUCUGCAAAGCCUGUAAACGCCACUGGACUAAAGGGGGCACUCUCCGAAAUGUCCCCGUUGGCGGCGGCCGCAAAAACAAGCGCCACAAGCCAUCUCAACCAGCUGCCACCGCCGCCACCACCAAUCCACCACUGCAAAGUUCAUAUCAGAAUAUAAACAGCUUUCAUUCUCAGCAGCCAUCUUUUCUCAGCAACGAUGAUAGUGCAUUUAUAUAUAAUUCCGAGAGUUUCAUGAACCAUCAGCCAAUGCAAUUUUCUUUUUCGGGGUGGAAUUGCGAGAAGAAUAAUCGUUCGUUGAAUUUGAAUAAUAUUGCUACGUCUUAUCAGAAGCUCGAGAACAUGGAUAAAUCGGUGAUUAAUGAAGCGUGGGAGUUCGAGGUUCCAGGUAUUGAAAAUAAUGUAAAUUCGUCGAGUGUAACGGAAUUGGGGAGUUGCAGCUACUGGAAUUGGAAUGAGUUUGAUAGUACAGUGGGUGAUUUUAGUAUACCUAACUGGGAUGAAACAGAAGACAUCAAACCCUAG